ACUCGCCUGAAGGAGACUGCGAUAUGUGUCAUUUGUGGGUUUCUGUCCCAGGACUGGGGAGCGAGUGAAAGGUGCUGAUCCCACCUCCGGUCCCAAAUGGGCCAGUGCUAUCAGGUGACCCAGCAAUCAGUUUAAUGCUUUUUAUAACAGUAGGAUUGCUUCUUCGCCUUCUAAUCGAAGAGUCAGGAUGAACAGUAACUAUCCCAGGUCAUUGCUGGACAGCAGGGCAGUGGGUGCCUCUAACUACAUGCAGCUGGGCGUACCACUAGUGGCUGACCCAUCCACACAUCACAGUCAGCACCUUCCCCAUGCUGACAGUUUGGCACACGUCCCAUUGCUGGUCUACCCAACCAGCCUGGAGUCCACCUACUACGAUACUUACAGCAGCGUGUUCCCCUACAUGCCGUUCCAUGGACACUUUGGCGUUUAUGACUGUCCCUUUGAGCCGGCCUUCAUUCAAAAGAGGAAUGAGAGGGAGAGGCAGAGGGUUAAGUGUGUGAACGAGGGCUACGCCAGGCUGCGCGACCACCUUCCGGGGCCACUGUCGGAGAAGCGCCUGAGCAAAGUGGAGACGCUGCGGGCUGCAGUCAGGUACAUCAAGUACCUCCAGGACUUACUCAGCCACAACCCAGAGAGCUCCCCUCAGUUAAGCAAGGAGCCCCAGCGGGACAGAAGGUCUCACAAGUCUCCCAUCUCCAAGCAGGACCCUAACAGUGAUGGGGAAUCGAAACACUCCUCUCCCUAUUGUGAGUCAGAGGGAAGGAACACCUCCAGCUCUGACCAUGGCUGA